AUGAGUAGUAUGGCAGGGACCUUUUUUUACAUUGGAAAGGUUGUCAUUAGCGAAUGUUUGAUAGAGGACUUUGGUGGUAAGAUUAUUAGGGAUACUGCUGGACAAGAACGUUUCCACACAAUCACCACGUCAUACUACAGAGGAGCGAUGGGUAUUAUGCUCGUGUAUGAUAUAACAAAUGCAAAGAGUUUUGAUAACAUAGCCAAGUGGUUACGAAAUAUCGACGAGGUAAUUUUUACUGGAAGCCUUUUCCGUUUUCUUUACAAAUUCUCCUCAGUAGUGAUCCAGCCGACAGCUGAUCUAUUUUAUGCAAUGUUUUAGCA